AUGUCCCCCCGAGAGCCCCGCGGUGCCCUCAGGGGUCCCGCCGCCCCUCUCAGCGGCCGUGCCUCUCUGAGGUCCCACCGCCCAUCUCAGGGUCCCGCCGCCCCUCUCAGCGGCCGUGCCUCUCUGAGGUCCCACCGCCCAUCUCAGGGUCCCGCCGCCCCUCUCAGCGGCCGUGCGUCUCUGAGGUCCCACCGCCCAUCUCAGGGUCCCGCCGCCCCUCUCAGCGGCCGUGCCUCUCUGAGGUCCCACCGCCCAUCUCAGGGUCCCGCCGCCCCUCUCAGCGGCCGUGCCUCUCUGAGGUCCCACCGCCCAUCUCAGGGUCCCGCCGCCCCUCGCAGGGGUCGCGCCCCUGUCAGGUCUCUUGGCCCCCUCUCUCAAGGGUCCCGCCACCCCCCCCCCAGGGGUCCUGCCACCCCUCUCAGGGUCCCACCACUCCCUGCCGGCCGCAGGAGGGGUCCGGGGCUCUGCGGCAGCGCCUCCCGAGCCUGGGCUGCGCCUGACGGGCCCGCAGGGAGCCGCGCUCCGGCUCUCGGCCUGUCCUGCAUUGCGUUUGGGGGACAACGGAGGUUUUGGCCGUGGCGAGUGAGGUCUUGGUGCAAGGUGCUGACCGUGACACCCAGGAUCCCGGUGCCGGACUGUGGGAGCACAGGGCUGCCCCUGAGGUGGGGCGGAUGGCUGUGCAAUUUAGGUGAACGUUUGCAAGAGCAGAGCGGAGACCUACACACAAUCCCUCCCUUCAGACCCAAUUCACUGAACUCCUUUGUCUGGCAACCUUUCCACAAUGAAGUCAUGUGUAUAACUGAGGAUUAAAGAGUAAA